CGCCCCUCAAAUCUUCUUAAAAUUCACAAAUUCCCUCCACCAUUUUCGCUUCCAAUCGCUUUCUCUGUGCAAUCCGCAGAGCUCUUCUGGUUCUGGCAAUUGCAUCGAGCGAUUCUUUCAUUUGCGGGUCGGUGGUUUAGUAUUUGACAAUGGAGCGGCAAAGAAACCAGAAGCCCUCUGAAGAACACGAAGAGGCCGAGGAGAUACAGCACGGCCCGUUUCCCGUAGAACAGCUCCAGGCAUCGGGAAUUGCUGCAAUUGACAUAAAGAAGCUUAAAGAUGCUGGUUUGUGCACGGUAGAGUCCGUUGCUUACUCUCCCAGGAAAGAACUGCUUCAAAUCAAGGGCAUAAGCGAGGCUAAAGUUGAUAAAAUUAUUGAAGCAGCUUCCAAGAUUGUGCCAUUGGGUUUCACAAGUGCUGGCCAACUCCAUGCUCAGAGGCUAGAGAUCAUUCAAUUAACAUCUGGGUCAAGGGAACUUGACAAGAUUCUUGAAGGGGGAAUUGAGACAGGAUCCAUUACUGAAAUCUAUGGGGAGUUUCGUUCUGGGAAAACUCAGCUUUGUCACACACUCUGUGUUACCUGCCAACUCCCACUGGAUCAAGGCGGUGGAGAGGGAAAGGCGAUGUACAUUGAUGCCGAGGGCACGUUUAGACCCCAGAGGCUACUACAGAUUGCAGACAGAUUUGGACUCAAUGGUGCUGAUGUGUUGGAAAAUGUGGCCUAUGCUAGAGCGUAUAACACUGAUCAUCAGUCAAGGCUUUUGCUGGAAGCUGCUUCAAUGAUGGUGGAAACAAGGUUUGCUCUCAUGAUAGUUGAUAGCGCUACUGCCCUCUACAGAACGGAUUUCUCAGGAAGGGGAGAACUUUCGGCUCGGCAAAUGCAUCUAGCAAAGUUCUUAAGGAGUCUCCAGAAAAUGGCAGAUGAGUUUGGUGUGGCUGUGGUCAUCACGAAUCAAGUGGUGGCACAGGUUGAUGGUUCAGCAAUCUUUGCAGGCCCUCAAAUUAAGCCAAUUGGUGGAAACAUUAUGGCUCAUGCUUCUACGACAAGGCUUGCUCUACGGAAAGGAAGAGGGGAGGAACGCAUUUGUAAGGUGAUAAGUUCACCGUGUUUAGCCGAGGCCGAAGCACGGUUUCAAAUUUCAGCUGAAGGGGUUACGGACGUCAAAGAUUGACGAGUAAUUCCCUACAAACAUAGCUUCCAUGUGUAUAAGCGAGCUCAUUGGGGGCUUUGUUCAGUGCAAUCAUGUUUUCCCCAAGCAAUUAAUAUUUGCUUGCACGAGAUGGCUUUUGUUUCCUUUCUCGUCACACCAUUGUGUUCAUUGCAAUGUAUGCUGGCGAAGGCAAAUCUCUUGAUAAAUCGUUGGCUCAGAUGUUUAAAUUUAGCUUGUUAUUUAUGUCAUUAUAUUCUUAAGCCUAUA